CGUAGGGGAGGGACGGAAACAAGAUGGCCGAGGCUUCCCCACAGGCUGGGCGCUAUUUCUGUCACUGCUGCUCGGCCGAGAUCGCCCCACGGCUUCCGGACUACAUUUGCCCAAGGUGUGAAUCCGGUUUUAUUGAAGAGCUUCCAGAAGAGCCCAGGAAUAUUGAAAAUGGCUCCAGCUCUUCAGCAUCGACCAGUGAUCAGAGCAGACACCCGUUUGAGAAUGUGGAUCAACACUUAUUCACCCUGCCACAGGGCUAUGGCCAGUUUGCCUUUGGGAUAUUUGAUGACAGCUUUGAGUUCCCAGCCUUUGGGUCCAACACACAGUCAGAAGACAACCGAGAUGCUGAGAACCGGCGAGAGAGGGAGCACCAGUCUCGGCACAGAUACGGUGCCAGGCAGCCCCGGGCUCGUUUUACCACACGGCGCACUGCUGGCAGGCAUGAAGGGGUCCCAACACUAGAAGGAAUUAUCCAGCAGUUGGUCAAUGGGAUUAUUGCUCCCACCACGAUACCAAACCUCGGAGUGGGCCCUUGGGGAGUCUUGCAUUCAAAUCCCAUGGACUAUGCCUGGGGGGCCAACGGCUUGGACGCCAUUAUUACUCAGCUACUGAAUCAGUUUGAAAACACGGGCCCUCCCCCUGCAGAUAAGGAAAAGAUCCAGGCCCUCCCAACUAUUCCUAUAACAGAAGAACAUGUAGGUUCUGGGCUGGAGUGUCCUGUCUGUAAAGAAGAUUACGAAGCCGGUGAGAGCGUGCGGCAAUUACCCUGCAACCAUUUAUUCCAUGAUGGCUGUAUAGUCCCCUGGCUUGAACAGCACGACACCUGUCCUGUGUGCCGGAAAAGCUUGAGCGGACAGAAUACAGCCACAAAUCCCCCAGGACUCUCGGCAAUGAAUUUUGCUUCUUCAUCUUCCUCUUCCUCCUCCUCUUCCUCCAGUUCACCGAGUAACGAAAAUUCUGCAAACAACUCAUGAAUCUUUAAGAAAAUGAAAAUAAGUCACCAUCCUCAUUCCCUUCUCUAAUGUCGCUGCCCUUCCUCACUUCCACCUGGGGCAAUGUUGGGGAGGUUCCUCCAGAACAGAGCAACAGGGGUGGGGAGAAUGGGAGCCCCAAUAUGUUUCCAUCAUGAUGCUGAGGCCCUCUUCCCCCUGGAUGUUCAGUGAUGUCACAGUCUCAAGCGGGGUGGGGGUGGGGAGUCCUGUCCUUGUAAAGGACUCCUGACAUUGGCCCAGCAGCACUGCACAAAAGCUACAGCAGUUGGCCCAUGGGAAAGCACUGAGGGAGUGGCUGCAGUUCCAGACGAAAGGUUGUUCAUAUGGGUGGGGUUUUUUUUUUGGAACUCUCGACCCCCAUCCUCUCCCCUGGCUGGUUUUCUACACUGGGAGGAGCCAAUGAAGCUUUUAGCUAGUCACUGCUGAAAAAGAUGUGAGCUUGAAGGUAUUCCCCUCCCUCCACUUCCUGGCUGUGUUGAGCUUUGCCCUCUCUUCUCCCCCUUCCCUCUUUUUUGUUUAACAUCGCCCUUUUGGCAGUUCGAUACCAAGAAAAGGGUUUUUUAUAAUUUUAAAUUAUUACUGCUAUUAAAUAAAUGGACAUUUCCGCUCA